AUAGGUUGUUGGUGCUCGCUCUCUACUAUCAACCUAUAGGAGAUAUACUCCCAGAGAUCUCAGAUUGAUUGUCUCAAAGCAGUGGACGAAACUUCACCGAGAUAUUGACAUAUGGUAGCUUCGCAAGUCACUGACAUUUGCAGUAGCACCUGUGUCCUCGGAAGAUUUAGACUCCUAUAGGUUGUUGGUGCUCGCUAUCUACUAUCAACCUAUAGGAGAUGUACCCUCAAAGACCUCAGAUUGCUAGCUGAGCUUAACUAGCUCUUUCGGAGGUUUGGAUGUCUUUGGAAGAUGAAGACUCCUAGACAUUGCUGCUAAUACCUGCUCUCUACUCAAAAACUCCCUCCCACAGACCUCAGAUAAUCGUCUCAAACCAGGUGACGAGACUUCAACGAGAUAUUGACAUACGAGGUAGCUUCUUCGCAGGUCACUGACAUUUGCAGUAGCACCUGUGUCCUCGCAAUAUUCCGAUUCUCGGAGCUGAAGAAAAAAUCUCGCGAACAAACACACACACACACACACAACUCCUAUAUCUGCUGUGUCAUGAUGGGUCGUGGCGUAUCUCCCUAGCAACUACAAUAAACAAAAUCCAAAAACCCCGCAGUGUUGUGUCCUCUGGUGCCCGUUUGGAGGACGCACCGCGUACAAGCUUCAAAACAUCAAUAACGACCCCAAGACCAUAAUCAACAAACACCGACAGAACAAAAACAAAAAAAAAAAGACGGGAAAAAUCAAUUCGCUCCCGGGUCCGGUCACGGUGAGUUUUGCCAGUGUUUCGCAAGUAAUGGCCAACACGGAUUCGUGCAAAAGUUCGGUCGCCCUAAGUCCGUCCGUGCGUCCGUGUACCGCCGCGACGGUCAUGGUGUCUACAGUGUAGAAACAAAACUUCCCUGUCGAGUUUUUUUUGUUGUGGCGCGCCGACUACCUGCAAGACCUCGCGGCAACAUCUUCGAAGCCGAGGUUGGAAACUCAAAAGGACAAUCAUCCAGUUCGAUAAGCUGAACACGAACUCCGACCGUUGGCCAUAAACAACAACAUAACUCACACCAACACACGCAUACAUACACACAAUUCAAAGCAUCGGUUGCUAACCCGCAGUCCACGACCCGAACAGGGCCGAACAAACGAACGUGCUCACCCCAACACCCCCCGCGAAAAAAGGACUCUACAACCGUGCAACCAACAAAAUAACAACGACCCGAAGAAAGGACGCCUGGAAACGAUGAGUAGAAAGCAGCCGAAGGAGGGUGGUGGCGGUGCGGGUGGCAGAUCGUUGGCGGCCGCGUUCACCAACAACACCAAGGGAGGGGCAAUGAUAAUGAAAAGCGUUUCCAUCUUUCUGGCCAGUGGCAGGCGAGCCUCGGCCCAGUCGAGAGAUCAGGCCGGGAACGGUCCCAACGGUAGCGCCCAUCAGCCACGGGCUGAUACGCACGCGAAGGACCAGAACGCGGGCACCGCACGUACCACGAUCUCGCGCGACAACCGACGCAUACUGGCCAGGAUGGACGAGCUGAACGGGAAGCUAAAUCCGAAGAUGCUGGAGAUGUACAAGCGGCGGACACAUUUUUCCAAAGUGGAGGUUGAGGCGCUAUGUAAGAUCUAUCGCAAACUGGUCGCCAACGCUAGCAUGAACUCGAAGGCACUCGCCGCCAGCAAUCCGGGCGUUAUCGCCAAGGCCGGCUCCUCGAUGGACGGUAUUGACCGGUCGGUGUUUCGCGAGCUACUCCACAGCACCUUCGACAUCGUGACGGAGGAAACGCUGAUGGAGCGUAUCUUUUGUGCCUGGGAGAAGGGCUACGAAGGGUUGCCGAUACGGCUCGAAGGAUGGUUGAUGGGGUUGUCCACCUUUCUGAAGGGUUCGCAGGCGGAGAAGACGGCGUUCUGCUUUCGGGUGUACGAUCUGAACAGUGACGGGUUCAUCACGAAGGACGAGAUGUUUGCGCUGUUGCGCAACUGUCUCAUCAAGCAGCCCCAGGAUGAGGAUCCGGACGAGGGCGUCAAAGACUUGGUGGAGAUUGCGCUGCGCAAGCUGGACAUGGAUAAGGAUGGCAAGAUCUCGUUCCAGGAUUAUCAGGAAGCGAUCGCGGAGGAACCACUGUUGCUGGAGGCGUUCGGCCAAUGUCUACCGUCGGACCGCGCGACGAUGUCCUUCCUAUCGACACUGCAAGCGUAAAUGUUAACCUCCUUACUUUCUUGACCUCACCAUACAUUUCUCUUCUUCAACCAUUAGCUCCAACCAAUAUCCUUGAGCUCCAGGACACUUGGGGCAGCUCUUUUCAAGCCAUUACAUCAAAUUAUUAGCCCAAUAGAGAGAGAGAGAGAGAGCGAGUGAAAAAUGAAAAACAAAACACACACAGAGUAUCCUUCUAGGCCAGGAUCGAGGUAAACGCAAGCUCCAGCAAGCAACCAGCUCAAACCUAUUUUGCCUCUAAACCAGCCAAAAUCCUGCAAGCCAGCAGUCCUGUUUACGCUCGCCCUCUGCCAUGCGUUCUGUCUCUGUGCAAGAAGAUUCAAAUUAAGUCACCACGAAGAGGCACGGACGACUGACGCCCGUGUAGAUUGGAAGCAGGAAGUCUUAUCUAAAAAACCGGAUGAUGUACCACCCUCUCCAGUGUCAAAGCAACAAGAAAAAUCGCCCAAAAACAACAGUACUUUUCCAGUGUGACACAAUGGCAGUAAAAACCUGCUGCUGGGGGCCUGCCAGGUCCGGCAAAAACAGGUCACACGUACCCGGAAGAGAGAGAUGAAGACACGGUCAUCGUCUUUGGAAGUCGCUGCAAAAACGUGCGUCCCGGCCUUGGCUACUCUCAACAUCACGAUGCGCAUCGCUGAAGCGAUCGGCGAUUGAAGGUCACGCACGCGCGUGUGGUUCCGUAUCCGAUUCCGCACUAUUAGCCAGAGCCGGUCCUGUCAAAAGUUUGUCCGAUUUGGCGCAAAACCAAAAUGGCGAGCUUUUUUUACGCACACAUGGGCGGAAUCGCCGGGGUUCUUGAGAAAUCGAACCAGAUUUCUAUUCGCUUACCCUAACGAACUUACUCUGAGGGACGCAAGCUAAUUAGUGGAACGCCAAAGAAGUGGAAAACGGCCGACGGGUACUACUACACAUCACUACUAGAGCUAUUAGAGUCGUGAAGAAUGCACCGUAGAAAAAUCUGUUUAUCUAUUUAUAGGUCGCGUUAGCGUCAUGUAGCCUGUUAGAAGUGAGGUUAACUAAAAUGGCUAAUGAUAGUGUAGAAUCUUACUACAGAAGUAAAAUAACUAGAUUUGUUUAUCGCGAUUGUUUGAGACUAUAGAGACGAUGCGAUCGAUAUAUAAGAGACAUAGAAAGCUUGCAGGUAGCGGAGGAUUGCCUGUCUUCCUCAAGAAUAUCUAGUCAACCUUGAAAUAAAAGCCAGAAGAGAUGAA